UUUUUGGAGUGCCAUUUACUUAAGCUGGGGGAAAGCGAGGGGAGGCGUCUCAGUCGGGGCUGUUAAGAUUUUCCAGAGAAGAGGAGAGAGUAGUGUUAGUGUGGAGUCACAGAGGGGACCGUUAACGGUUGAUCCACUCGCCGAGUUCAGGGACGGAGGCAGCGGCGGAGAAUGGAAAGGAGUUAAACUUCCACACAGCUGCGGUUUGGGUUACCUUGGUGUUUUUGAGACAUUAUUCGUACGAGGCAGGGGUAGGAAGUAAACCAUGUCGCUGCUGUGGGCUUAGUGUAGCCUGUGAGUUUAAGAAGAGCCCGGGGAGAAGUUGGGAGAAAACCGGUUUUCCCUGGUACCCUAGCGCCGCUUUUGUGUUUGUGAAUGGUGGGGUGUUUUUCCUGUUUGACAGAGCUGAUUGUCACGGAGAAGUGAACGUUUCAACUGCCGAACGCACAGGCGCAUCGUCAUCAAACCUGCUCAGAUGGACUUCAGAUAACAUCACCAGAAGUUUCACCCUUGUCUUGAACAUCACCCAGCCCCACCGCCUCCGACAUUCACCCAGAAUGGCAGAUCCCACCGGGCUAAGCUCUGAAGGGGUGGGGGCAGGCAUGGCCGAGGUGGACGUCUGUAGUUUGGAAAUAGACAGGAAGUAUGAUGUCAUCCCUGCCGUCAUCUGCUCCAUGUGUUGCCUCUUCGGCAUCAUCUACUGCUUCUUUGGUUACCGCUGUUUUAAGGCUGUCAUGUUCCUGUCUGGCCUAAUGUUUGGCUCGGUCAUCAUUUUCUUGCUGUGCCACAAGGAGCAUGUGCUGGACACCCAGCUGAGCGUGGAGGCCAGCGCGGGUAUCGGCCUCGGCAUAGGUCUGCUGUGCGGUUUGGUCACGAUGCUGGUGCGGAGCGUAGGCCUAUUCAUGACAGGUCUGCUGCUUGGCUUACACCUGGCUCUCGCCGCCCUGCUGGUCACUCAGCAGUUCUACACCCCAACUACAGUGUGGGUGCCUUUGGGUGCACUUCUGGGAACAGGCAUGCUGUUUGCUGUGCUGACACUGCAGUGGCAGAAGCUCUUCACCAUGAUCUCCACAGCUGUGUUCGGGGCAGCUAUAAUGACAGUGUGUGCCGACUACUUUGUGGAGAUGUUUGCUCUGGCCAUGCAUGUCUAUGAAUGCUUACGUCUCACACCCGGUCCACCUCUGUGCUGGUACAGCUGGGUCAUUCUGGGCAUCUGGCCUGCCCUCAGUCUCAUAGGAGUGCUGGUCCAGUGGAAACUAACAGAUGACAGCUUCUCACACACUGAGGUUGUUAUCAGUCGGAGACAGAAGCGAGUCCAGCUGAUGCGGAUCCGAGAGAAGGACGCCAAAAAACGACAGCAGGCAGGUGGGCAGGAAGGCACGUACCGCCGUAAACCCACUCCAGUCAAACGUUACGCUGGGGAUCUACUGGCACCGAGUUACCUGCAAAGUCUGCGGGACAGACAGAUGGGCACCGGUACUUCCCUUAGCAGCCUGGGCACGACCAACCACACAAUGAUUGACCUAGAUUAUGAGACGGGGUCCACUGCACCCCUCACAGCUACAACCCCAGUUGUCAGGGUCUGAGCUGCACAAAAGCAAAGAAGGGACUAAGCUUUUUGUUCCAUAGUGUCUUCCUGAUGCACAGUAGAACAGAAAGUGAUUCACUGAGCUGUGGGUUUGUUUAUUGCCUCAGUGUAACUGGAGUUCAAAGGAAGACAUCGCUGCUGUUUGGAGAGAAGGACAAGUUAUCAAGCUGUUUGAAUGCUAUAACCACUGCGACCACUGUGUGUCUCGGAGAAACACUAAAACACAUCCUAAUGAAACAAGGUCAUCCAUUUCCUGUCAUUAUGUAUUAAAUGCAUAAGUACGAGCCAGAUUUAUCUCUAGAAGUGAAAAAAACAGCAGUUUUUUUUUUUUGACAUUACAUGUACUGUACAAAAUUAGUUAUUGCCAUUAAGUGUUGUGUUAUUACCCAUCUUACUGUUUGGUCUUAAGAUUUGUGACAGUUUAUCAUUAAAACAGUUGUUUGUUUUGUGUAUUUUUAGAUGGAGUGUGCUGAGGCAUGUAGAUGGAUAUAUGUCCAUAAAUACAACAAAGUGAAGCAACAACUAAACGGUGCAAAUAACGGUUUAUAUUUAAAAGCUCUUUACUGGAGCUUUUAGCAGGAUCUUUUCUAGCAGCACAAUAAUUCUUUGACCUUUUUGUGUUUGUACUGUAGCCUCUUUCCAAGUGCAGUAGGUAAAGAAUUUAGACUGUGUGUUUGUGGAGUACCUGAGUAAACCUUUUUGUAAUUUAAUUUAUAUAAUGGCCAAUACAUGGUAACGAUGAAAAAGGACAAAAAACAAAGCAUGUUUGUUGUUAAUUUCUAGACUGUUAAAUAAUUAGCUACAAUAUGUCAAUCUGCAGGUACAAUGCAUUUGUUACCUGAAUCUGUACAUACCUGUUGAUAGAAAUUUGAAAGAUAAAUAAAUGUGUUUGAUAUGAAAA